AACAUACUGAUACAGCAAACACUGGGAUAAAGUAUGUACUUAAUAUAGCACACACAUACAAAACAAUUUACAUGGUAUGCAUAUUAAUGUACUACAUGUGCAUACAUAUACAUAGUAUGCAUAUUGAUGUGCACACAAGCAGAAAUGUGAGACAUGCUUACACACAUUUUUGUGGCCAGACUUAAGCUAUUAUAUCAACAAAUGCAGGGACUGUUAGAUGCGUAUACAGCCUUUUUCCACAGAUGAAGAUUUCAACUGCUUAGACUUGAACCUGAAAAAGAAUGAAAAGUCAGUUGGUCUGAAAGACUUGACUGGAUUGCAAUGUGCUUAGUGAGUAGGAGACUUUUCAACAGAACUGCAUACACAUGCACACACCAAAUACAGAUGAGCCUUCAGACAGAUGGGCACUGUAGACACAGCGUUACCUUCUUAUCAGAGAACUUAAAACUACUACACGACGUGAUGUUCAAAGUGCAGUUUGUAUUCCAGUCCUCUUUAGAAAAGAGACUGAGUCCAAACACAUGCAAACACGCAGCUCUGAUUGAUAACAGAACUGUAUUUUACUGUGUAUGUUAAGUUUGUUUUUGUUUGUAUGUAUGGUUUUAAGUUUUUGGACAGUGGAAUUAAUGAAAAAAAAUGUUCUGUUUUCAAAAUGCUGACCUCCUACUGUUUAAUCUUUCGCACUCUUCUUCUCUUGGUCAUGCUUGUUAAUGUUGCAGUGGUAAAUGUUCAUUUGCUGACAGUGUGAUGCUAUGUUGCAUUUCUUAAUGUGCUGAUACUGUGCGCAGUAUCAUUAUGGACAUGAUUGAGUGUGGCUGAGACCAAGUAAGUGGAUUAAACUGUGUGUGUGUGUGUGUGUGUGUGUGUUAGAGAGAGAGAGAGAGCGAGCAGCCACUCGAGCUGCUCAGGGACCGUCAACAGGGAGUGAAGCCGUCGAUACAGCCACGAACUGAGGGCAUGAGAGGCGCCAGAAUCCGUUCCCAUCCUACUUUGUUUGGACCUCUGUCCUACUGACAACCAUCGGAUCAGUACCUCUACCAAAGUAGCUCUUGGAAAAACCCAAUAUCGGUCAGGACAAUGGAGCUGAGAGUGGGAAAUAAGUAUCGGCUGGGAAGAAAGAUAGGUAGCGGUUCUUUUGGAGACAUCUACCUUGGUGCCAACAUUGCCACUGGUGAGGAGGUAGCCAUUAAGCUGGAAUGUGUGAAGACCAAACACCCACAGCUGCACAUUGAAAGCAAGUUUUAUAAAAUGAUGCAAGGCGGAGUGGGUAUUCCAUCAAUAAAAUGGUGUGGUGCAGAGGGUGACUACAAUGUGAUGGUAAUGGAGCUACUUGGUCCCAGUCUGGAGGACCUGUUCAAUUUUUGCUCCAGGAAAUUCAGCCUCAAGACUGUUCUCCUAUUGGCUGACCAGAUGAUUAGUCGGAUCGAGUACAUUCACUCCAAGAAUUUCAUACAUCGGGAUGUGAAGCCAGACAAUUUCCUAAUGGGGCUUGGCAAGAAGGGUAACCUGGUGUAUAUCAUUGACUUUGGGCUGGCCAAAAAGUAUCGUGAUGCCCGCACCCACCAGCACAUUCCGUACAGAGAGAACAAGAACCUGACCGGCACGGCACGUUAUGCCUCCAUCAACACACAUCUUGGAAUCGAACAAUCAAGACGUGAUGACCUGGAGUCCCUUGGCUAUGUCCUAAUGUACUUCAACUUGGGCUCUCUGCCCUGGCAGGGCCUCAAGGCCGCUACCAAGAGACAAAAGUAUGAACGAAUCAGUGAGAAGAAAAUGUCUACCCCUAUCGAGGUUCUUUGCAAGGGAUAUCCCUCUGAAUUCUCUACAUACCUAAAUUUCUGCCGCUCACUACGAUUUGAUGAUAAACCGGACUACUCUUACCUGCGACAACUUUUCAGGAAUCUUUUCCAUCGGCAGGGCUUCUCCUAUGACUAUGUGUUUGACUGGAACAUGCUCAAAUUUGGUGCCAGUCGGACAACUGAAGAUGGAGACCGUGACAGAAGGACGGGAGAUGAGAGAGAAGAGCGUAUUGGAGGAGCACCAAGGGGUGCUGCAGUGAGAGGCAUCCCCCAAGGUCCCAAUGCAGGAGCUCCAAAUAGAGUCAGGAAUGGACCAGAGCAGGCCAUCUCUAAUCCUGCUUCACGAGUUCAGCAGUCUGGUAAUACAUCACCACGUGCAAUUUCUCGGGCAGAGAGGGAGAGGAAAGUGAGCAUGCGGCUCCACCGUGGUGCCCCUGCCAACGUGUCAUCUUCUGACCUCACAGCCCGUCACGACCAGUCCAGAGUUUCUACGUCACAGGUCAGUGUGCCAUUUGAGCACAUGGGGAAAUAGAACCCUCCAGCUCUGCAUGCAGAAGAGACUAGAGACUGACAGGGCUACAAGGUAUAUUCAUCACUCCAGUUUUGUUUUGUUUUUUUGUUUGUUUUAUUAUGAAAAGAUGACUUUCAGUGGACACAUGGAUGUUUUGGAAUGGACAGCAAAUCCUAAAAGAUUCAAGGAAGUACACAGACGUCUCUCAUGUCAUCACUUUUCAAGUUGUUGAAGCCUAGAUUUCCACUAUAGUACAAUAAAUGGCAAUGCUACACAAUUGUCACAGUUGUUGCUGUUACCCCAUACGUUCUCAUAACCAUGUCCCUCCUCAAGCUAUUCUUAUCUGUUGGACAAAUGUGAAGGAAAUGCUGAUAUUGAAGCCAUGAGAGGCAUCAGGGGAGCAUUUAUAUUUGUUGUCAAAGGUGGUUUUUGUCCUGCAAAAGCAAAUUGUGCAGAUUUUAAGUGAAUGUCAAUUUGUGUGUCUUAAAGUAUAAAUUUCUUCUGUUUUGGUUGUUAAAUGGGGAAUUUUUGAUGUUGUCACUCUUUUUUUUGUAAGGAUUUGAAGGUGAGACUACAGUGACAUGGGCAAGGGUUUCAGUAUGUUGAAAAGGAUGAGCCAACUUAUUUAUUGCAAUGAUUUUAUUGCAGUAGUGAUUGGUGUUUUGGUCUGUUAUCCAUGUCAUCACUAGCUGUCCCUCAAAAUGCGACCACUGUUCUUGCCUUGCCCGUUUUAACUUCAGUUGCAAGAAUGACAAUACUGCAAAGAUGCACUUCAAAUCCUGAGGAGGAAAAAAAAAAAAAGCCUCAGGAAAUUGUCAGUGUGCUUGACCACAGACUAUAGCUCCCCAUUUUGGCUUACAAAUAGUGGCUGCAAUUUUUACAAUUCUUAAGUGUUACCUUUUUUUUUUUAGAAAUUCUUAUUGGAGGGUAAAGGGUGGAUCUGUUGGCAUUGACUCCAAGGAGCAGAGGGCAUCCAAUGACUUUUUCUUUAAGUACUCUGUAAAUAUAUUUUUUAUGUUUAAUUUCUGUGUAAAGCAAAAAUACAUUUCAAGAUGUAAAGUACAAAGAUGCACCAAAUUACACAAAUUGGGACCGGGUGUUGAAUUUUGGCAUAUGUAAAAUAUCAAAUUGUGGGAUGUGUUUAGAUGUUACUUUGCCAGCUGGGUCAUUCAAAGCUUUGUGUGUAGAGAAAUGCUAAUCCUGCUAACUCAGAACACCAUUAUCUUUAUACACAUCUGACCCUUUGUUUGUUUCUUUUUUUUUUUUAGCAGCCAUGUUUAUAUGUGUGAAUUCAGAUUGCUCCAAUUUCAGUAGAAGUUGUUUCCAUUCUUGUCUUUUUUAUGCCAGUUACCUUUCACAAACUAAAUGUGGUGUUUAAACUCCAUAUCCUUUAAAAACCUAUGAUGUUAUUCACCUUUUAGAUUUCAGCCCCAUCCAUUUUGACGCAGUAGGAAAACCUAAGUUAUAUAAUUGCAGGGAUGUGUAAAUAGUAGUGAACUAUUUGUAAUUAUCUUUGUACAGAAAAUGUGGCCCAGUGGCAUUGUAAAUUGGGGGGGGGGGGGGGGGGGGGUUGCUAUAUAUAGGGAGAAUGAGCAGUUUGUAAACACUUUGUAUUGUGUACUGAUAUCUUGUACAGUUUAACACAUUUUAUUUACAUCAGUUUUUGUGUAUAUUUUAUGAAGUAAUAAAAUUAACAUAAAAAUGUU